AUGCAAGCUGUCAUGUUCUGGGGCGUAUGGCUAGCUGUGCUCCUGUCCUGUGCUUGUGCGACGCCCUUGCAAGUGCGGCAUGGUGAUCACGAGCACGCAGGCACCGCGGGCAAGGAUCCCAUGUCGUAUGCUGCGAUGGAGUCAGGGACUGGCCACACGGACAUGGCCUUUGGGUACGACUCGGUGGCGCCUCUUAAAGUUCCUCCGUUCUGUACAGUGGCGAACGCCACCGACAAGCUGAAUCGCACGGACGUGGCGCACUGUAUCGCGCUAGACGAGAUCGACCGGCCGAUCAGUGCCGCAGAGGCGGGCUGGGCCCUGCGUCCCAGCCCGCCGAUCAAUGUAUCGAACGUGCAUGCGCACGCACAUGGCACGGAGAAGCCUAUGGCCAUGCUCAACGAGACGCGUCUCUUCCUCCGCAAGGGCGCGGUGCCCCUUAGCUACGUCGAGUGGGACUUUGGAACGGGACUCGGUCGUAUGUCGGAGCUGCGCCGCUUUGCCAGUGUCGACGCGGCACAAAUCCAAAAAAUGUGGCCCAAGCGCCCAGUCAUUGGCGCCUCAGGGGGCUACUGGCGCACGCUCGGCGACAUUGACUACCCCGUCGCGUGGAAUUCACUGCGUGAAGAUAUCCAAUGGAGGACCAGCGGUGGCUCCCAGGAGCCAUCGCGCCAGCGUGGCCUGCUUGUGGCCACCGUGUGCCUGUUUGUGGUGGCAUGCUUCCUGCUGCUCCCGCUGCUCCUGUGCCUGCAGUCGUCGCAAUCGUCGCUCGUGCCGCUGCUGUCGCUCUUGUACCUUGGAACCUUUACGCUCUCCGUGGUCCUGGGCCGCAUGUACUUUGCCCUGUCGCCUGACCUGUACCCCCCCAGCGCGCUACCGGGUCUUGUACGCACGCUGCUUCUGCUGUCAUACGGCUGCUUUGUCUCACCAGCGGCACAACUGCUCCUGCUCAUCGUACCCCUCGUGCGUGGCCGCUUGCGCUCGUGGGCGGACGUGCAGCGUCUGCUGCAGGUGCUCGCGCGCGGCCGUGCCGUGUCGGAUGCAUCUGUGGGAGCGGCCCCGCAGUCGUCGCCGAGCACCGAGGGCACACUGACCGACGGCGUGCCGCCGCACGAGCGCGAGGAAUUUCUCAUGUUUGAUCAGGACCAGGACGUGCCACUCAUGGACGCCCCGAUGCUGUCUGAUGCGCGUGGGGAUGACCUGCCGCUACCUGCGGCGCUGCGCCGCCCGUGGGAGCGCCUGGCCGAUGCGCAUCCGCGUGUGUGGUUCUCGCUGAGUCUCGCGUACACGACCAUCUCGCGUGCGCUUGUCCCGCUUGCGUUUGUGGUCGUGUAUGUGGGCAUUGCGAUCUACACGGGCUCGUGUCGUCGUGCGUACAAGAACGUGUGCCUGGCGCAUGGCAUCAAGGGUGCUGUAUUUUUCUGGUACGGUGUCUUGACAUUUGCGCGCUACCUCGGUGCCUUUGGCGAAUAUGGAUGGGCAUGGAACAAGCGCCCGACGCUGGCCAACACGAACAAAUACGCCGCCUACUGGCGGCGCACGAUGCCGUCGGGCGAAUUCGUCGAAUGCUUUGCUAUUUUCCUCUAUGGCAUUACCAACACGUGGCUGGAGCGCCUAGGCGCCAAGCCGGGCGACCCCUACACGGUAAAGCAGCUCCAGCACAUUUCCAUUGCGGUCAUGUUCUGGUUCGUCGGGCUCGUCGGCAUGUCGCUCGAGUCCAACUAUGUGCGCUCGCUCCUUGCGUACGCGGUGGUGCGUGGGCACCCCUCGGCUGUGGCGCCGCGUGGGAGCGAGAGCGAGGUCGAGGCGCAGACAGCGCCGCCGUCGUACAGCAGCAGCUUCAAUCCCUUCCCCGCACUGAUUAUUGGUGUCACGGGCGUGGCGAUGGCCCUGCACCACCAGGACUACGAGUACGAGGUGGAAGUGCACAUUCUGUGGGGUAUCAUGCUGGCAGCUUUUGCGUUCCUGCGGUGUACUACGUACUUUUUCCUGUGGCUGCGCCCGCCCACAAGUGUGCUGCCAAGCCGCCCGCCGAGCGAGGCGAUCGGCUCGUUUGCCCUGUGCUGUGGCGGACUUCUCUUUAUGCUCUCGAACGAGGAGGUCUCGUUCGCAGCGAUGCGUGCAGACUACGCGGAUGGCAUGGCCGUUAUGAACCUGGCCGUGUCUCUCGUGGGCCUCGUGUUCUCAUGGACCUUCUGUAUCAUGGUCGUUAAGGCCUGGGCCCUCCGCCGCGAGACAGCUGGCCGGACGCGGCUUGUGGCGCCUGCGCACUGGUCCAGCGCCUCCAAGGCUGCGCCCGAGUCCCUAGAGAUGCGCAUGCAGCCCUAG